AUGACGGAUAACACCAUUCGUGCCUAUGCGGCAAUGCAAGCAGGUGCAGCGUUACAACCCUAUCAAUUCGAUGCGGGUGAACUGCAACCACAUCAGGUCGAAGUCCAAGUCGAAUAUUGUGGAUUGUGCCAUUCCGAUGUUUCGGUCAUUAACAAUGAAUGGAACUCUUCGGUCUAUCCCGUUGUCGCUGGUCAUGAAAUUAUUGGCACCAUCAGUCGCUUAGGCUCCGAAGCCAAAGGGCUUAAACUUGGACAGCGCGUCGGUAUUGGCUGGACGGCAGAAAGCUGCCAACACUGUGACCCCUGUGUGUCGGGCCAACAAGUGCUCUGUACAGGAGGACCGACAGCAACCAUCGUCGGUCAUGCAGGCGGCUUUGCCGACAAAGUUCGCGCAGGUUGGCAGUGGAUUAUUCCUUUACCUGAAGAGCUGGAUCCUGAGUCAGCGGGUCCUUUAUUGUGUGGCGGUAUUACCGUUUUUGAUCCGAUUUUAAAACACCAAAUUCAAGCCAUUCACCAUGUUGGCGUGAUUGGCAUCGGUGGUUUAGGGCAUAUGGCCAUUAAGCUACUUCGAGGAUGGGGCUGUGAAAUUACGGCGUUUACCUCGAACCUCGACAAAACGGAAGAGCUCAAGGCCAUGGGCGCAGACCAUGUGGUGAAUAGCCGUGAUGUGGAUGCGCUUAAAACCCAGCGAGGCAAAUUUGAUCUCAUCCUCAGCACCGUGAAUGUCUCACUCAAUUGGCCUGCCUAUAUCAGUACACUGGCACCGAAUGGCACGAUCCAUCUGCUAGGCUUGCCCCUUGAGCCCAUCAAGUUUCAUGCAGGUAGUCUGAUUGCUGGAGCAAAAUCUAUCACGGGUUCACCCACUGGCUCACCUGCGGCAUUACGUCAGCUACUCAAAUUCGCUGCACGUAAAAACAUUGCGCCACAAAUUGAACUGUAUCCUAUGUCACAGUUGAAUGAAGCACUGGAACGGUUACAUUCUGGAAAAGCCCGUUAUCGGAUCGUCCUCAAAGCUGAUUUUUAA